CAAGUGUCCCGAUCCCAGCAGCAAUCAUUGCUGUCAGGAUCUCUCAGACUGGUUCCUCCGGCGGGGGAAGGAGUGGCGGCCGCAGCAGCAGCCAUGCUGCUGGAGUCCCCCCCGCCCCUGGAGUCCCCCCCGCCCGAAGAGAAGCGCCGACGACUGUUCUAUUCUAUGGCAAACGUCUCUAUUGUAGAAAGCUCCCUCCUUUCUCUGCGAGGGGAUGUGCUAGCCAACUCCCCCUGCGUUGGGUGCUUUAUCCCAGCUCUGGUGCUCUCUCCCAAUGACAAAGUCGUCUACUUUUCGCAGCAGACAGGCAGUAACGAGAGCGUGGUACGAAGAGCUCGACGGCGUGCUGUCCUCUCUUCUCCGCCUUCGUCCUCAUCAUCUUCUUCAUCCUCUUCCGCGCAAUCCUCAAGCAGCUGGUACGAGCUAGCGGAUCUAACAAGCUGGAAGGGCGGCGGGCAUUGGGUUACUGCCCUGGAAACUCUAGACGAGAACCAAACCAUCGUGGCCAGCGUCAAAGACGGAGAUCGGAUUUGGAAGGUCAAAGUCAACGCUGGCGUUGACUUUGCAGAUGCCAGGUCAGACUUCAUCACCAACAUUACUUCCCCCUCCUUUGGCAUGGUAAUGCACCCUCGUCGACCCAUUCUCUUCGCCUCCGUGCCCCCAUCCCGCCUCCUUAAGAUCCCGCUCCCGCUCCCGGGGGGGCCCACUGAAGAAGGUGACCUGCCCCUGGAGCAACCAGAGGAGGAAAGCUUGCUGCUUGCCGGUGGCAACGUAACCGGCUUCCAUUCUGCAUUGAACGGCUCUGACGUCAGAUUUGAUCAGCCGCGGAUCAGUUCACGAUCUAUAUCAUCCAACGGAUCCUACCUUUACGUCGCCGACACACAGAACAAGGUGGUAAGCCGUGUGAAUACGGAGACCGGCGCCACUACCACCGUUGUCUUCACUCAAUUCGCUAAUUCCACCCCUUAUCUGCCACUAGCCACAGCGUUGACCUCCGAUGACUGCAACCUUUUCGUCGCUGGGACCGUGGUUGCUGACCUAACGGUGACCGUUAGAUUGGUAUCCUUCAGUGCUCCAAACGGAAGGCCGCUGACGGCCACUGGCAGGCCAGUGGCCACCGUUAACGACCCUUCGGCUCAGACAGCUACCGGUAGUACCAGUCAGACACUGGGGAUGACAGUCAGUGUGGCUCCUCGUCUGGUACUUAGCCGAAUGGACGAGUACUUGUACCUUAGCACGGGUAACGGUCAUAUAUUUGAAUUCGAAGUCAACCGGAGCGAUCUGUACCGUUGCAGCAGCACCGAUCCCGCAGAUCCGCCCGGAUUCAUUCGCAACUUCUCCUAUUACUCUGCGGAUCGCGACAUCUCUCCAGCAUCCUCCGGCAGUGGACCACCACCAUCCCAGCCGCCUUCUUCUUCGAGUGGUGGUGAAAUCCUUAGCGCCCCCUCGACCCGCCGCGGCCCCUCUUCUCCUGAAUCUCCUCCUAGUUCGUCGUCGUCUAUCCCGACCACCACCGGGGGGAAACAGCGUUUCAAAACGGUUCACGUUGUCGCGGUGGCAAUCUUGGGAUCGGCAGUCGUGGUGCUCGUGCUCGCACUUCUCGUGGUAGCUGUCAGGCGGAGCAGGUGGUGCGAACGGGACCGCGACGGGCCGGAGCAGCCGCUAACUCCUCAUGCGCAGCUUCUGCACCACCAUUCGCGCGAGCCGCCGCUGCUGGGAACGCGCAUGGCGGCGGCCCGGCAGCUGUUCUCCCCGCGCGCUCCCGCACGACCUUCCGCCGCCGCCGCAGCAGCAGCUUAUCCUCGUUUCCCCGGGCGCAAGUGGUCCAUCGAGAACAGCUCCGCCGCUAAUUACGAUGCCCAUAUAGCCCUCGAGGGGGGCGGCGGCUCCAAGAAGAGGAGGGUCAUGAUUAAGGUAUUCGAGGCCAACCUCCUGGACAUCACAGUGCAACAACAGUUCGUUCACAACGUGGGCUUACUGGGGCAAAUCUGCGACGAGCCGGCGCCGGCGCCGGUUGGAUCUUCCCCCCAGGUCGGCGGAGGCGGCGGCGGAGUUAUGGCCUGCAUCUGCAAACCCUUGGGCUAUUCCAUCGACGGCAGCAAGGCCAUCAUCAUUCAGCAGUUCUUUCCGUGCGGCAACUUUCUCGAACGUCUGGUUCCCGACACCCGGGCGGAUCACGACUCCCCUCCUGUGUUCGAGUGGUCGUCCCGACUGUAUGCCGUGCAGCAGAUCGCUGGAGCGCUCAGGCGGCUGCACGGACUAAGCCCCCCUGUCCAUCAUGGCAACAUCAAGAGCAGCAACGUGUUCAUCGAGGGCCCAGGUUACCCGUACCUGCGCGUCUAUCUGACGGACGCCAGGCUGUCCCGACCCACCAGGGCGGGAAUGCUCGUCGAUGAGGGGGGUUACCUGGCGCCUGAGUGCUCCUUUGAGCGGGAUUUGACCACCCGCAGCGACGUGUUCGCCUUCGGGGUGCUGCUGUUUCAGAUCGUCUGCGGCGCGGCGGCCAUGGUGGAUCUCCAGGAGAUGGAUCCUAGAUCGGGAUCGGGAUCGGGGUUGGGAUGGGGAUCCUGGUCCGCGACGGCAGACAAGAGCCUCUGGUAUGAUGCCGCCGCCCGCGGGCGGGGCGCUCCGCGGGAGCGAGGAAGACUAAUUAGCCUCGUCAAGUACGCGAGGAGGCAGAUGGAGAGCCGAAGACGUGUUUCUGAGAGAACGGCAGAUAUGGUGGACCCCAGAUUACGACGAAGACUGACAGAGGAAGAGCGCGCCAAAUUGACCGAGGUAAUGAAGCUGGCGUACACGUGUACUGAUGAAAAGCCCGCCAGACGGAUGAGUAUUGCUGACGUGUACGAGACGCUCUGUCGAGAGCUCCCGCCUUCUGAAUCGUUAGUAUCUACGGCAAUCUGAGAAUACCCUCGGUAAGGGAAAAAAAAAAAAAAAAAAAAAAAAAGUGCCCUCAGUGUAUUCGGGACAUCCUUUAAGAUUGGAAAAGGGAUUUUUUUUCUUUUUUUUUUUUUUUUUUUUGGGGGGGGGGGGGGGGGGGGGGGGGGGGAAAGGGGGGGAGAAAGGAACACUACCAUAGCAUGGGCCUUUGAGACGGGAUGACUGACACCCAUAGAUUGAGAUAAAUAUUCCACUAUUAA